AUGAUCUUAAGGUCAGAAUUUUUGUUUCUGGCUUCUUAUCUGUCUACUCCGGCAUGGGCAGCUGAAACCAGAGCUUCGUCAUCGUCGAGGCCUCGAGGGGUUAGUCCUGAAUGGCCGGACACCCCAGCUGCGUCCGUGAACAGUACAUUAGCCCUCCCAGGAUUCUACUGCAAGAACAAAGGUCAUCAGCCCUCCUACAUCCGCUUCGAGAGUGUCAAUGAUGGAAAAUGCGACUAUGAUUUAUGUUGUGACGGCUCAGACGAGUGGGCUCAAGUCGGAGGAAAUAAAUGUCUGGACAAGUGCAAGGAGAUUGGGACUGAGUUCAGGAAGAAUCAGGAAGUGAAACAGAAGGCCUUGAAGGCAGCUCUAAAGCGAAAGAGUGCACUAGCAGCUGAGGCCUCUAGGCUGAAGCGGGAGGUUGAGCUCUCAGUGGAGACUGCUGAACUUAAGCUCAAGGGCUUCCAGCUGAAGGCAACCGAGGCAGAAGAUACACUGAAGGAUGUGGAACGGAGAGAAAAACUUCGGAUCGUUCGAGGUGAAGCCGCAGGACAAGGUGGAGGAAAACUGGCUGUUCUCAUUGGGCUGGCUCGUUCGCGAGUCGAGGAGCUCCGCGGUCACCUAGAGACAACGAAGAAACAGCGUGAUGCGAUGGUGGGCAGAGUCACGGAACUCGAAAAGCUCCUGGCCGCUCUGAAGGACGAACACAAUCCCAACUUCAACGAUGAAGGCGUGAAACGUGCAGUACGAGGCUGGGAGGAUUACGCUGCUCGCGACACAGAUGACAGUUGGACAGACGCUGAGGACCGUGACCUCUUCGCUGUCAUGGCCAUUGAUAGUGAUGCCAACGGCAUUAACUGGAAUGAAUUCCAGGAAGAGCCUACAGAGCCCGAAUCUGACGUUGCUGCACUUUAUCAAUUCCGGUCCUACCUCCCCGAUAACGUCCGCCUGUGGAUCGAUGAGAAAUCCGCCUCGAUCCGACAGAUCCUAGUCCAGAAUGGUGUGCUACCCGACACAGCCUCUCCGUCUGCCGGUGCGACUGCAUCGGAGAGCAAAGCAGUGCAGGAUGCGAAGAAACUCCUCUCGGACGCAGAACGCGAUGUGAAGAACGCAGAAAACGAUCUGAAGAGACAUCGCGAAGAUCUACAAAAGGACUAUGGGCCAUACGACGGCAUCUUCCGUGCCCUCAAGGACGUUUGCAUUUCGAAGGACAGCGGCGAGUACGAGUAUGAGCUUUGCUUCCUCGCCCAGACGAAACAGAAAUCUAAGAAGGGCGGCUCGCACACGACCAUGGGUAAUUUUGUUGGAUUUGACACCGAGUUCGUCGACGAGGGUGCUAUCCCCGCCGACGGCAAAGGACUAGGCACAGGUGAGAGAUUGAUCAUGAAGUAUGAGAAUGGUCAAGGGUGCUGGAACGGGCCGAGUCGUUCGACUCGUGUAUAUCUCGCGUGCAGCGAGACCGACGAGGUUUGGAAGAUCAGUGAGAGCGAAAAAUGCGUCUACCGUAUGGAGGUCGGCACUGCAGCUGUGUGUGAGCAGAGCCCUGAUGGUAAUACGCUGGGGUACAGCAAAGUUCUUGUCGAAGAUGAUGGGGUUGAAGCAGCCGCAGUGGGCAAGAAAGAUGAAUUGUAG